AGAGCUCUGCUUUUGCUUGGAAACAUGAAAAUAGAUCUGCAAGGUCACCACUGACUUGGUGCCACUCUCUCUCUCUCUCUCUCUCUCUCUCUCUCUCUCUCUCAUCAAUUCAAUUCCCGAUCUGAAAUCCCUCUCCGGCGCGUUGUCAGAUCCAAGAUGCUGACGAAAUUCGAGACCAAGAGCAACCGCGUCAAGGGGCUGAGCUUCCACAGCAAGCGGCCAUGGAUCCUGGCGAGUCUCCACAGCGGUGUCAUCCAGCUCUGGGAUUACCGCAUGGGCACUCUCAUCGACCGCUUCGACGAGCACGACGGCCCCGUCCGCGGCGUCCACUUCCACUCCUCUCAGCCUCUCUUCGUCUCCGGCGGGGAUGAUUACAAGAUCAAGGUGUGGAAUUAUAAGUUGCAUCGGUGCCUGUUUACUCUUCUUGGACACCUUGAUUACAUCCGUACCGUGCAAUUCCAUCAUGAGUACCCUUGGAUUGUGAGUGCUAGUGAUGACCAGACGAUCAGGAUAUGGAAUUGGCAGUCCCGGACUUGUAUCUCUGUGCUCACUGGGCACAAUCAUUAUGUCAUGUGUGCCUUGUUCCAUCCCAAGGAGGAUCUUGUUGUCUCAGCAUCAUUGGAUCAAACUGUGAGGGUUUGGGAUAUAGGCGCACUCAGGAAGAAAACAGUUGCCCCUGCAGAUGACAUCCUGCGACUGAGUCAAAUGAAUGCAGAUUUCUUUGGUGGAGUUGAUGCUGUUGUUAAGUAUGUCUUGGAGGGUCAUGAUCGGGGUGUUAAUUGGGCCUCGUUCCAUCCUACACUCCCGCUGAUUGUGUCUGGAGCUGAUGAUCGACAAGUGAAACUUUGGCGAAUGAAUGAUACAAAGGCUUGGGAGGUGGACACUUUAAGGGGGCACAUGAACAAUGUAUCAUGUGUUUUAUUCCACUCGAGGCAGGAUAUUAUUGUUUCCAAUUCAGAAGAUAGGAGUAUCCGAGUCUGGGAUGCCACAAAAAGAACCGGUCUUCAGACAUUUCGCAGAGAGCAUGAUAGGUUCUGGAUUCUUUCAGCGCACCCUGAAAUGAACCUUUUGGCUGCUGGUCAUGAUAGUGGCAUGAUUGUAUUCAAAUUGGAGAGAGAGCGCCCUGCUUUUUCUGUCAAUGGUGAUUCUAUGUACUAUGUCAAAGAUCGUUUUCUCCGCUUUUAUGAGUUCUCAAACCAGAAAGACACUCAGGUUAUCCCUAUUCGAAGGCCUGGUUCUUCCACCUUGAAUCAAGGGGCGAAAACUCUAUCUUUUAGCCCUCUAGAGAAUGCUGUUUUGAUAUGUUCAGAUACAGAAGGGGGUUCUUAUGAACUAUACAUAAUUCCCAAAGACAGCUAUGGUCGGGGUGAUACUGUGCAGGAGGCAAAAAGAGGAGUUGGAGGGCCAGCAGUUUUUGUGUCUCGAAAUAGAUUUGCUGUGCUUGAGAAAAGCACCAACCAAGUCUUAGUUAAAAAUAUGAAAAAUGAGAUUGUCAAGAAGAGUGCCCUUCCUUUUGUUGCUGAUGCAAUAUUUUAUGCUGGAACUGGAAGCUUGCUCUGCAGGGCAGAAGAUAGAGUUGUCAUUUUUGACCUGCAACAGAGAAUUAUUCUUGGAGAGCUUCAAACUCCUUUUGUAAGGUACAUAGUUUGGUCUAAUGACAUGGAGAACGUUGCUUUACUCAGCAAACAUUCACUUGUGAUAGCCAAUAAGAAACUUGUUCAUCAAUGCACUCUACAUGAGACCAUUCGUGUGAAGAGUGGAGCUUGGGAUGAUCAUGGUGUCUUCAUAUAUACAACUUUGAACCACAUCAAAUACUGUCUUCCUAAUGGGGAUAGUGGAAUCAUCAGGACCCUCGAUGUUCCUGUUUAUAUUACAAAGGUGUAUGGAAGCACCAUACACUGCUUGGAUCGUGAUGGGAAGAACUGUGCUAUUGUUGUUGAUGCAACAGAAUAUGUUUUCAAGUUGUCCUUACUGAAGAAGAGGUUUGACCAGGUUAUGAGCAUGAUUAGGAGCUCUGAGCUCUGUGGCCAGGCAAUGAUUGCAUAUCUACAACAGAAAGGUUUCCCUGAGGUUGCCCUUCAUUUUGUGAAGGAUGAGAGGACUCGCUUCAACUUGGCACUAGGGAGUGGAAACAUACAGAUUGCUGUUGCUUCUGCUAAAGAAAUUGAUGAGAAAGAUCACUGGUAUCGGUUGGGAGUUGAAGCUCUUCGUCAAGGUAAUUCAGGCAUUGUAGAAUAUGCAUAUCAGAGGACAAAGAAUUUUGAGAGGCUAUCGUUCCUAUAUCUUGUUACUGGAAACUUGGAUAAGUUAUCCAAAAUGCUGAAAAUUGCUGAAGUGAAGAAUGAUGUGAUGGGCCAGUUCCACAAUGCUCUAUAUUUGGGUGACGUUGGGGAGCGUGUUAAGAUCUUGGAGAAUGCUGGUCAUUUACCCCUUGCAUAUGCUACAGCUAAAGCUCACGGCCUCCAAGAUAUUGCUGAACGGUUGGCAGGUGAGCUGGGAGAUAAUGUUCCUAUUUUACCCGAGGGAAAGUCUCCAUCUCUUCUGGUACCUCCUAGCCCAUUAAUCUGUGGUGGAGAUUGGCCCUUGUUGAAUGUUACAAAAGGAAUAUUUGAGGGUAGUCUUGAUAAUGUGGGCAGACAUGAUGAGGAUAUAUAUGAGGAGGCUCCAGAUGGUGAUGAUUGGGGAGAGGAGGGGGGUCUGGGUAUUGUUGAUGUGGAAGAGAUUCAGAAUGGAGCCAGUGGACCUCUGGGAGAUGAGGAAGCGGAUGAGGAAAUUGGAGAGGAAGGGUGGUUACUUGAAGAUCUUGAAAUUCAAACUGAGCAUGAUACUCCCAAAACUGCCAACAAUGCUCGUUCCUCUGGGUUUGUUGCCCCAACUCCAGGUAUGCCUGUAAGUCAAAUUUGGAGUCAAAAAUCUUCUCUUGCUGCUGAACAUGCAGCAGCUGGGAAUUUUGAUAUUGCAAUGAGAUUGUUGAGUCGGCAGUUGGGAAUAAAGAAUUUUGCACCCUUAAAACAAUUAUUCCUCGACUUGCACAUGGGAAGUCAUACAUAUUUACGCGCCCUAGCAACAGCUCCUGUGAUCUCCCUGGCUAUUGAGAGGGGAUGGAGUGAAUCAGUUAGCCCUAAUGUUAGGAACCCUCCUGCAUUGAUUUUUAAAUUUUCAGACCUGGAAGAGAAGCUUAAGGCAGGUUAUAAGGCCACAACUACAGGGAAAUUUACUGAGGCUUUACGACUUCUACUUGGUAUUCUUCACACAAUUCCGCUUGUUGUAGUUGAUACAAGGAGAGAGGUUGAUGAAGUAAAGGAAUUAAUCAUCAUUGUAAGGGAAUAUAUUCUGGCUUUGAAGAUGGAGCUUAAGAGGAGGGAACUGAAGGAUAAUCCAGUUCGUCAACAGGAGUUAGCAGCUUACUUCACCCACUGUAACAUCCAGAUGCCUCACUUGAGACUUGCAUUACUGAACGCCAUGACUGUUUGCUACAAGGCUGGAAAUCUCAACACGGCUGGUAACUUUGCCAGACGACUUUUGGAGACCAAUCCCACAAAUGAAAACCAAGCAAGGACAGCAAGGCAAGUCCUACAGGCUGCUGAGAAGAACAUGAAUGAUGCCACCCAGCUCAAUUAUGAUUUCAGAAAUCCAUUUGUGGUUUGUGGAGCAACAUAUGUGCCUAUUUACCGAGGACAGAAGGAUGUAUCAUGCCCGUACUGCAGUUCUCGGUUUGUUCCCACUCAGGAAGGGCAGCUUUGUACUGUUUGUGAUCUUGCAGUUGUUGGAUCUGAUGCCUCUGGGCUACUUUGCUCUCCGUCCCAGAUAAGAUGAUCUAUGCUGCUCCAUUAGGAUCCAUUUUUCAAUCUUCAGCUACACCGGCGAUAAUGCUAGUAUUUUUCACCUCCUUGAGCAGGGCUUUUUUAUUUUGAAGAAAGGGAUUUGAUUAGGUUGUGUUUCUCAUAUUUCUAUUUCAAAUUUGUUUGCGAGGUUCAUGAGCAUAUGGUUUUCACUGUAGUGAACUUGAGCAUUUUGGUCUAGGUGAUUCUUGUGACUUUUGAGAAUAAACAAAUUAGAUUGAGAUAGCAAAAUUUUCCUGCUUUCAUAUUAAACUUUGCUUUGUAUU